UCUUCCGCUCGUUUCGGUAUUUACUAUUUAGUCGCAUUGAUACAUGCCGGACUGACAUUCGCGCUUGAUAACGGCGGGCGGUUGUCGCUCGACAGGGUCUACUGACUUAAUUUCCCUACUGCCCUAAACCCAGUAAGCUAAUGCAAGUCUGCCAUACCCAUAUUACAGUAUUAGCGGCUGUCGUUGAAUAAAUUCAUUUUUAAUUUAUGUGUAUUAUGAAGUUUUUCAAAUAAACAAUCCAUCUAAAUGCUACAUACAGACAUAUGUUAACAAACCCUUCACAAAUCACUCUGUUGAUAUAAUGUCUGAAUGUGCAGAUCCACUCAUCCACUUUUCUGAAAGACAGAAUAUGAUAGACUACUGAGUCCUAAAUUGUGGCUUUGUUAAUUAAGCUUCAAUAUGGAGAAUUCUCAUCAAGCAACUACAGGUGCCCUGGCUGGAUCAUUGUUUCUAACUCCUGUUAAUAAUGUCGAUACUGGAUCGAAUCCUGCAAACACCUUAUCUUUCUCUCAACUCACACCUGCUACAGCUUUUUCCAUUCCAGAGGGCCAACUGUCUGUCAUAGAGAGCGAUGGACAGCAGUAUCUUAUUUUGCCAAAUUUUACUGUUGGGGCAGACAGACAACUUAUAUUGCAGAAUCAAAUUACACACGAUGCAGUGGGUCUGGAGCCCAACCAGCAAGCUCAAUUAUCGAGUGAAGAAAUCAUGCAGUUACAAAUUCCUGUUGUUGCGCAAUCAUCUGAAUCUGAUCCAACACUCACAUCUAUGACACAAACUGAAAAACAAAUUGAAGAUAGCACUAGUGUACUUGAAAGAAUCCCACCACCCACUUUACCAAAAAUGCCUCCAUUUUCCACUGCAGCUAGCAUGAUACAUUUCCACGAAAGCAUGAAUAAGGAAUCUGAAAGAUUACCGAUGGGUCAGCUCGAUAUUUCUGAUAUUAUCCCUUCAUUUUUCAAACGUACUGUUCUCCAAGAGACAGAAACUUGUGGUUCGAAAGCUUGCUCAAAAUGCCAAUUCAAAGCAGAAACUCUGGAACAACUUAAAGAACAUAAAAAGCUGCAUAAGGAUAUUGAAAAACCCAAAAACACAACUCAAAGAAAAAAGGCUGAACCUAGAAUCCCAAGAAAGAAGGGGAGACCACUAGGUGCAAAAAAGAAAAAAGCAGCUCAGAUGAUUAGGACUCUUCCUGCACCUGGUUCGACGAAUUUUCCUCCAAAAUGUCACAUAUGUCAAUUAGAUAUAUCAAGUUCAUACCAAUACAAGAAACAUAUGAAAGUUCAUAAAAAGGAAAAGCCUCAUCGUUGUCAAGACUGUGGGGAAUCUUACAACAAAGAACACAAUCUACAAUUACAUAAAUCUAUACAUAAAAGUGAAACAGCAAAUGGAAAAUACGAAUGUCCUGAAUGUAAAAAAGCAUUCGGCAGAAUGGCAGGAUUGAAAAUGCACAUUUUAGUUCAUGCAGAAGAUGAGAAUUACAUUUGCAAAGAAUGUGGAGAUGAAUUUGCAUCCAAUGAAGCAUUAACAUGUCAUAUUAGUGAACAUAACGAUGAUCUGGUUCGUCAUCUGCAAGAUAAAGGCAAAGUUCUGAACGAUUCAUUAUCACAGAAUGUUGAUGGGCUAAAUCAAAUGAGCGAUUUUGUUAAUAUUUCUCAAGAACAAAGUUCAACUGUAGAUAUAGACCCAAGUGCAAUAGGACGAACAUGUACCUUCUGUAAAAAAGUAUUUCAAAGAAAAAGUCAAUUGAAAAGGCACAUAAGAAUACAUACAGGGGAGAAACCGUAUCGAUGCCCAAACUGUGAUAAAGCAUUUAAUCAAAAAGAAUCGAUGCAAACCCAUAUGUCAAUGCACAGUGGUGAAAAGCCACACACAUGUCCUCAUUGUCCACAGACUUACAGACAGCGUGGAAAUCUCAAGAUUCACAUUGCAAGAGUUCAUCCAUUCGAUUCAACCAAUGUUGAAACGUUUAAUUGUUAUUUAUGUCCUUGUGUCUUCAGAAGACUAGGAAGUUUAAAUGCUCAUAUUACAAAGUAUCACACUGAUCAAACUAUGGCUGAAACUGGUAUGAUGUCAAUACUAAAAGAGAGGGAUAAAGAUUCUACUGUUGAAAGAAAUGGGGAAAAACAGGAUGAAAAUACAGAGGAAAGUGACGAACUGCAAAAAUUUAUCGAUACUGUUUUCAAGGAUAAAACUUAUGAUACCGGAAACAUGAAUUUGAAUGAAGACCAAGAAGCUGACAUAGUUCAUCAAGCAUUAGAAAAAUCAAAUUUGGGAACAGAAAGUAAUGCAUUCUCCGAGCUUGAUCCGACAGAACUUGAAUUAUCAACAAAUCAGUUUAUAAAUGUUGAACAGACGAACGCACCUCAGAAUCAACAAAUUGAGCAAAACACUUCAAUACUAUCUGAACCUGUUCAACCAUUACAUGCAGAAUCAACUGCGGGAUUGAAUUUAAAUGCAACAGAUCAAAUGUCUUUACUUCCACGAAUACCAGAGCAAAAUGAAAUGUUACCUCAAUCAAUACCCACAGAACGAGUAAUCGUAUCAGUCUCAUCGGAUGUACAGAUUGGACAACAAGCAAACUUUUUUCAAAGAAAUGCGACACUGAUUGGGCAAGCAAAUCGACCAUCAAUAUGUAGUGUAGAUGUUUCCACUUUUCGACCUUCUUUGACACUACCUGUGAAAAACACUGAUGUAUUAUGGAGAAUUCGUCGUAUUGAUAAUGUUAGAUAUCAUGAAUGCCUGGUUUGCAAUAAGGUUUUCAAGAAGCCAAGUGAUUUAGCUCGUCAUAUUCGGAUUCAUACAUUGGAACGUCCUUACAAAUGUAACGUUUGUUCUCGAGCUUUCACUGUGAAAUCAUCAUUACGUUCUCACACAAGAACUCAUCUAGGCAUCAAACCGUAUAGAUGCCAGGUUUGUCAAAAAUCAUUUUCAACUGGCGGAAGUUUGAAAGUGCACAUGAGGAAUCACACAGGAGCUAAACCUUUUCCAUGUUCAAUCUGCAACAAAUCAUUUCGAACAACUGGUCACAGAGCAGCACAUUUACUUUGUCACAAUAAAAAGAAAUCUUCGAUAAAUAGUAAAAAUAAGAACCAGCUACUCAAUUUGUACAAUGUCAAAUUAUUAUCACCUUUGGUCGUCAAAUCCACAGGUGAAGUUGAGUAUCAUACACCAAAAGAGAAUGAAUCCAACCAUUUGAACAAUCUGAAUGAACGUCCACACAACUGCACAUACUGUAACAAAGCUUUCAAGAAAUCAUCACAUCUUAAGCAACAUCUCAGAUCACAUACGGGUGAAAGACCGUUUACCUGCAACAUUUGCCAAAAGUCAUUUGUUACCAGUGGAGUAUUGAGAUCACAUAUGAAAAUACACUCUGGUGUCAAUGAUUUUGCCUGCAAUAUUUGUCAAGAAAGAUUUACUACGAAAGGGUCUUUGAAUCGCCAUGCUUUGAAGCACUCUAGUGACAGACCGUUUGUUUGUCCGUACUGCAGGAAAACUUUCAAAUCUCUGAUCAAUUGCAAGAAACAUAUUAAAACACACAGAAACGAGGUUGCAGUGAUGCAAACUGGCAGCAAUACAAAUCCUCAAAUGAGCAUGGAUUCAGAUACACAAAAUCUAAAUUCAUCAUUAACUGAUGAAAACUCAAUAUCAGGAAUGCAGAAUAUUGAUGACACAUUAACUGCUGGUUCAUUUCUGAAUGCAUUACAAGAUCAGCAUUCGGAUGCAGGAUUGAAACAGAUUGAUCCUAAUAUGGUUCAGAACUUCGAUACUCUGUCAUCAACAGUUAACCUCGCUUCUAUACAAACAACUCCUCAAGUGUCCUACAUUUUUACCUCACCAUCUCAUCAAGGUGUACAAACUAACUUAGGUUCAUCGACACAACCUCAAUUGUCUCUCGAAGAAUUAGCAAGUCUUUCAAUACCGAAUGAAACUAAUUCUCUCCUAACGAGUCAAGAUCAAGUCCAUACACAACCUGAACUUUCUUUAUUCAAUUUUGAUAUGUCUUCUCCGAAUCCGUCAAACUCAAUGAGUCAGCAAAUGUUUACAGAUAAUUUGGAUCUGUUAGAUAGUGUGAACUCGAUUAACCCCGUCUCCAUGUCGCAAGACACGAAUACGACUGUCUCUCAAACUAUACCGAAUAAACUUACCCCGGAUGUGCCAGAUGGGACCCAACCGCAAGUAAAAACGAAAAGAGUUCUUCGUAAAGCAAGUUUGAAGAAAAUUUCUUACAAAGAUCCAGAAAGGAUUUCUCGUUACAAACCAAAACCAAUCAGAUCUCGUCCACCAACACCAGAGGAUGCAAGUCAUGAUUCUACAAAUACAGGAGAAAUCAGAGGAAAAUCAUUUGGAGGAAAAUUAAUUUCAAUUGGAGAGAAGGAUAUGAUUCAAUGUACGGGUUGCGAGGCUGUUUAUAAUGAAGACGAGUUUGAAAAACAUUCAAAAAGUUUCAAAUCGAAAAAAAGAGAUCUUCCAUUUCUUUGUGAUUUUUGUUGCCAUCGAUUCAAAACUAAAUCACAUUAUGAAAGUCAUGUCAAAUUUCAUUCUGCUGAUUCAGGGAUUUUCAAAUGUUCCAAAUGUGGAAUUGGUUUUACUGAUAAAUCAAUUCAGGAAGAACAUUCGAAAUUUCAUGAACAGGAGUUGCAUGGAAUGUUGUUACCCAGUACGAGAAAGCAAGUCAGUGCAAAUGUUGAUUCGCCUGGGAUUCCUCAUGCUCAGAAAAGCGGGAGAUUCAACUUUUUUCGACUCACUGAUGAGCAGAAUAAAAUAUUAUCUCAGACAAAUCCAAACCUUCAUAUGACUGUAUCUGAAAGAGUACUUCUUUCCGCAGUUGCAGAAAAAGAUAGGGUUGUUGAAACUGUUGUUGGUAAACGAGGUCGACACAAAGCUCUGGAAAUGAAUGGUCCUAAGUUCAACAAUGUUUGUCCACAUUGUCCAAAAAGUUUUCAAAAACAAAACGAUCUUGUACGACAUAUAAGAACUCACACUGGUGAACGUCCUUUCAGGUGCAAACAUUGUGGAAAAAGUUUUUCAAUCAAGUCCUAUUUAUUCUCUCAUGAAAAGACACACAGCGGAAUCAAAUCAUUCCGAUGUCAUAUUUGUAACCUUAUGUAUUCAACAAAGACUAGUUUGAAGGUUCAUAUGAGAUUACACACUGGUGGACUUCCAUACAAAUGCCCACAUUGUCCAUCACAAUUUCGGACAUCAGGACAUAGAAAAAGUCACAUUAUGUCACAUUUUCAAGAAACUGUCCCCAAGCGUGGAAAAGGGAAAACUAAAAACAAGUCUAAGAACAAUAUUUCUCAGCAAACCAAACAACAAGUACAACAACCUACAGUAACAGAUGUAACUCUUACAUUACAAGAAGGAAUGUUGAACUCUGAAUUAUUACAGAGUGACAAUAUUCAGUUACAAUGGAACGGACAAAAUUUACAACUAGUUAACACAUCAGGAACACCUACUGAUAAUUUAUCACUUCAACUUGAUGCAGUCGCAUUACAACAGUUGAUUAACAACCAACCACCUACAACUCCAUCUCAAGAUGUUAUAAGAAACUACACUCAGCCAGUUACUUCUGGUCCUGCACCCAACCUUGUGAUACAGCCCAUCACCAUAUCUGAUAAUUCGAGUGGACAUGGUGAACAGCUGCUACAAGAAGUCAAUGUUGCUGUACCUGCUAGUCUUGCUCCUUUUACUCAAAUUUUGUUUCAGUCUCCUACCACAGUGAAUACAGAAAACACUAUCAGUGCAAAUAACAGUAUUGCUAUGCUGCAGACGUUGCAACAGAUGUUAAACACUUCUCCAGCACAAACUACAACUUUUAAUUCAAGAACACCUACAAUGAAAUCUAUGAAACAAACCAACAAAUCGCCAGAUGUUACUCUUGUCUUAAAUCCAAAUAAUCAGGGCUUGGUAGCUGAAGACGGAAUACAGACAUUCACUUUUGAUCAACUUCUUACAUCAGAUGAUAUUUCAGCAACCUCAAACCAACAGUUUUCUUUACUCAACGAAAAUCAAUUAACGGCCACAUCAAAUUAAUUUUUCAGUGCUGUUUAAACCUGAUAGAAAUUUAUCACAACUAGUGCAAUUGCUCUUUCAUUCUUUUUUUUUUUUUUACUGUGAACCAGAUAUUAUUGCCAUGUGCUGCCUCUCAUCCACCAGUGCGUAGUACCCUUUUCUGAACGAUUUUUUUUUCAUGUUUUUUUAAGCAGUUAAAAAUAAAUUGUCCUCAAAA